AUGGCGGGGAAUCAUACAGCCAAUCAGAAGCUUGUAUCGCCCCAUUCCGAUAUAUUAUUCCGAAUCGGGGUUUCAAGUGAACAACUUGGCGUCCAUUUGGUUAGAGCCAAGCAGGAGGCUCGUGUGAAAACAAACCAACCAUCGAUGCCAGCAGCCGAAGCAAAGAGGAAUCCGUUGUUGUCACUCUGUUCGUAUCUGCAAAUUAACCAUGGUGGUUGCUCCCAAGAUCUAUCCUCGCGCAACAGUGAAGCGCAUCGUGAAAGCCCAUACCAAGCGAAAUAUAUCCAAAAACGCGGAUGUCUUGGUGAACUGAUGCGCGAGGCUUUUAUUCGUUCGAGGAGAAGUGGGGAGAAAGCUAUCUCCGCUAGAAACAUCCGCAAAGUGACUGAGGGCACAUUACGGAAAUUCAAAGGAUAG